CUAUUAUGCAUUGCAUUCUUAUGAUAUAAACUUCAUGAUGCACAGUUAAUUUGUUUUWUAUUUAAAAUACAACAGUUAUAAGUUAUUUGAUUAACUUAUGGAGUUUAAACAGUAUUUCAAUCUUUGGAAAAAAUAUUAUUUAAAUAAUAAUAACUUUAAUCCAAAGAAGUAAAAACCAUUUAUUACAGUUGAACGAUAAUCAAAUUGGAUAAAUAUCUAUUAUUAAUCAAAUCCAAACAUUUAUGAACAAUGUGGUUGGAAUAUAUUUGGAUAGCAUUAACUGCUAUAGCUGCAAUAUCGAACAAUAGUGUAUCUCAUGCUCAGAGUCAAAACACUAAUGAAACCAAAAUAACAAAUCUUAGAAAUGAUAAGGUUCAGAAAUUACACGAUACUCCAUACACAGAAAAUAUUACAAAAAUUAUAAAUAAUGGAAACAAAAUUAAUACCCAAACAUUAUUUGGAGAUAUUAUUGCGAAUAGUAUGAACAACUUCUUACCUUUUUCUAACGUCAAUGAAAAUUGUACUAGAGAUGGACAACAAUACAUGAAUAAUUUAAAUAACCAAACAUUAUGGGCUGUUAAAAUGUACAGYUCUUCGUCAAAAUACCCUGGAUUCAUUGUAUUCGGCGAAGUCRACGAAUUGGGAUACUUUGACCAAUGCAUGCGCGUUUCAUCAAAACGACUUGGGAUUUAUGGAGCGUAUGCCAUAGCAAACAUACGAUUCCAUCUUUCAACAGACAACGAACCUUCUGAACCGCUCAACCAACUCGACAUAAUCAAAGCGGACCAAGAGCGAUUGAAAAGAGACGCGUCGGCAACAGUACCGAGAMACUUAUUAUGGGCGUUGUGUUUUCCGGACUCGUGUACCAACGAAGACAUACGAUUAUCCGUCGAUCGUGUGUUGAAAUCAGCUUUCCAAACGCGCAAUAUUAGCGUAAAUGUCGCAGUGCCGCCGUCAAUGUAUACAUCUAAGAGUACGACGCUGAAGUACACAAAUAUAGUUUUCAUCAUCUAUGGAAUAUUCAUCGUGGGCAUUGCAUUGAUGAUCGCCGGCACUUUAUACGAAUUAUUUGCAGAUCACUCGCAACCCGAAAAAUCUACUUUUUUCGGUAAAUUUUUACACUCUUACUCGAUGAUUACAAAUAUGAGAAACUUAACAGAAAAUCCAAAAACUAAAGACUUUGCUGUAACUAAUGGGCUUAAAACGAUGGGAAUAAUAUCCGUGAUAAUUGGUCAUAGAGUUGCUCUAAACUUAGGAAUCCUAUCCUUUGAUUCAGAACACUCAGACCACGUUUUCACCGAUUUUUGGUGGUCAUUUCUAAAGUCUCCAAUUGCAGUUGAGAUAUUUUUCAUAAUAAGCGGUUUUUUUACAUAUAUCCUGAUCGAAGAGCGUUUAAGAGGUGGAAAAUCAUUGAAAUUCAUUCAUUUGAUGAUUUAUCGAAUAAUCAGAAUUUUCCCAACGUAUAUUACUGUUAUUGUGAUAUUUGCAUUUGUUUUACCUUAUAUGGGUGAUGGCCCACUGUGGAAACUUAUUGUUUACCCUGAAGCUGAGUUUUGCCGGAAAAACUGGUGGACUAAUCUAUUGUUUAUAAACAACUACGUAAAUUCAAACGAAAUGUGUAUGAUACACGCGUGGUACUUGGCAUGUGACAUGCAUUUUUUCAUAAUUGGAGUUUUCUUGACCUAUAUUGUGUGGAGAUGGGAUAAAGCCGGUGUUUGUAUUUAUGGCGUUCUCUUCGCUGUAUCUAUUUACAUACCAGCAAAAUCAAUUAACGACGAUAAACAAUGGGGAGUAAUGCCAUACUUCUAUGGUAAUAUUAAAAAUAUCAGAACAACUGAACAUUUUCAAAGAAUUUACAUAAAGAGUCAUAACAGGAUCACAACAUACCUUAUUGGUCUCGCAGCCGCAUACAUAUACUUACGUAUCAAACAAUCCAAAUUAAAAUUUUCAGUGAAAAAUAGAACAAUAGGGUUUAUGAUAUGCSUAUUGUUACAUAUCGUCUGUUAUAUUGUGACCGGCUACUUWUAUUUACCGGGACUUGCAUACAAUCCAUUGAAUCAUAUAAUUUACUUCACGUUCCAGAGAAUUAUAUAUUCAUUGACGAUAUCGUACUUGCUAGUCGUCAGCUCAUUGUCUAAUUUUGGUUUUAUCAGCAGUUUUAUCGAGUGCAAACUUUUCGUCGUCAUAUCAAGACUAUCCUAUGUUCUGUAUCUGACACAUUUUAUUGUUCAGUUACAAAGUAUUGGUCAAAUCCGCCAACCAAAAUAUGGAAACUUUUGGAUAUUGUAUUGGGAAAUCAACGCCGAUUUAAUGACAGCUCUAUCAUACUCUAUAAUUUUUAAUCUAAUUGUUGAAGCACCAUGCAGAAAAAUAUUCAAAGAACUUAUCGGCAUAUUUAUAAAAGCUGAAAAAGAAUCGGACACUGCACGGUCAUGAUAUUCAGGAURGAAAUAAUGUCUUUAAACUACAACUUAAAUGCAGUUCUUGUAUUUUUUAAAGAAGCUUAAAAUAAGUAUAUAAACUAAAUACAUUUUCAAUAUUAUUUUGUAACAUCUCAGUAAAUGUUUGAAGUGUCUAUGUAUCUACCUAUUUUAUCUAUAUGUAUAAAUUAGCGAGUUUAUUUAAAUUGAAUACAAAUAUACAAAUUAGUUUUACUUUAGUAACAUUAAAGCUUUACAUUCGCUGAAUUAAUAUACUUCACGAUAUCACAUCAUUUUACUUUAUUUAA